GCCUGAGGCUUAUUGUAAUGCGUAGAGCCCUGCGCCGGUUCGCAAGACCUCUCUUGUGAACGCAUGAGCUUGCAACCGUACGUGCUUGCUCACAUCAGGAUCGGGACUCGGCACGAGUUCGCAGUGGAAGUAUCAAGCAUGUGGUACUGUCCUCGGCCUUUGUACGAAGGCCGCUUCUGCCCGAAGCGUCUCUGCGCAGAGUCUCCAUAGGCCAUAUGGAGAGAUGCAUCUUGAAUGUGUUGCUAUUUCUGUCAAGACUGGAUAUCCCUCUGGUGUUUCACUCAUAGGGCUAGCUCUCUUCCGAUGCCGCAUCAGCGCUGGUGCUCAAAAACCGAGGUACUUAUAAUGGAUGGAUGCCGUGUCUACUAGGGCAAUACCGCAGCUUGCGAGGGACGUGCAUCCGAUUUCCCUAUCUGCUCGGAAAGUGGCCAAGGGUCAUAUCUCGUCUUUCCGAAAGAGGGCCGGCGUGUCAACUAACAUUGCUCUCGACGAUUACUACAACGGAACCGACCUUCAGUGGUACGGUGACAUCCAAGUUGGUACACCACCGCAAAACGUCAGCGUGAUUUUCGACACCGGAAGCUUCACCCUUGAGUUUACUAGUACCGAAUGUGGUGCCCCUUGUGCUAACCAGCCGAAGGUCAACACGUCUCUGAGUUCCACAUACGUGGGAAGCGACGACAUAUCCAACAUCACUUUCAUUACCGGUAUCGGCGUGGACACGUUGCAAUAUGAGGAUGAAUAUGUGUUGUGGCUUCGCGUGGGCCGUGAUACCGUGACAGUCGGGGGCAUCAGCACUCCUAAUGUUCCGUUGUACACAAUCAUCAAUCAGACCCAAGCCUUCGACGCCGACCCGAACUCUGGCAUACAAGGUAUGGGGCCUAUCGUGACGGGAUUCUGGCAAGGUCUUGUGGACCAAGGCUACGAAGCCCAAUUUGGCCUGUACCUGACACCGAAAUCUGUCGGCAAUGCGGAGCUGACAAUUGGAGGCAUCGACCCAACAAAGUACACGGGAGACUUGACGUAUGCUCCGCUGUCUUCUGAAAAGCAAGAAAAAUGGGCACUCGAUUCUCCUACCGUCUAUGUCAAUGGCCAGACGAUCUCGGCCAUCAACCAGACUCGUACCUUUACCUUCGACAGCGGAACUCCCAACGUCUACUUCGACAGCGCUGAGGUCGUUGAGUCGAUUUACGCGUUGAUCUCACCCGACAUUCAGCCCUACGAGCCCGAACCGGGAACUUACGGAAUCUCAUGCGACAAGAUCGACCAGCUUCCUGCCCGGAUCGACUUCACGUUCACGGACACCUCUGGCACGCCGUUCAACCUGACGAUCUCGAGCAACGAAUUCAACGUUGGGCCGUUCGAGGCGGAGCCGACCCUCUGCCAGACGAUGAUCAACGCUCUUGACGGCCUGAACUUGGUCGGCGGGAGCCUGCUUAAGCAGUACUACAGCGUGUGGGACAUCAGCAACCAGCAGAUGGCAUUUGCUAAGAGCAUUUCAGCCGAAUGAGAUGUCGUUCACUGGCAUGUUACCUGAGUGUUUGGCAUAUAGGAAAUCAGUUUGUCGUCUUUGACACUGCUGCUUCAUGGUUUUGUAUCUGCGUGGAUUAUUGUUCAAUUGUCAUCAACGUCGAGGAGCGAUGUGAUGUUGUGCGGCGAGCCAUUUCCUGGGCCUGAGUGCUCGUAACCUCUUGCAAAAUAUGACACAGUCCUUGGUCAUUCCUCGGACGACGGUCUUCGCACUCGUCGUCAUUAACGUUGACGGCGAUAUAUCUCGUCUGGGGUAAACUAUGAACACGAUGAUUGGGUUAUCAGUAACAGCAGAUCAAUGAGUACAGUAUCGAACAGCAACGAUACCUCGACAUCAAGCUAAUGCUAAUUCGAAAGUUCCCCCCGGCCGCACAUGUAGU